GGUUCGCCGAAGCGCUUUGUACUUUUUCACUUCUGCAUAUCAUUUUAUCACUGGUUAGACUUGUUGAUUCUCUCCUCAUUUCGCCUGUAUCUACGCCCCUGGAUCUGCGAUAUAUUUUUUUUUAUAUUCUCAGCCUAGGUCUCCAACAAGCAGACGACUGAUUCGCUACCAUGGCCGGAGCAGAGAGACAGCAGUCCGCAGAGCCUGCUGCAAUGACCAGCAGUGCUGAUCGCAUGGUGGGAAUGGACCAUGCUGAAGUCCGUUAUUUCACGAGUUAUGAUCACCACGGCAUUCAUGAGGAGAUGCUUAAAGACGAUGUCCGCACCAGAUCCUACCGCGACUCUAUCUACCAGAACCGUCAUAUCUUCAAGGACAAGGUUGUUCUCGAUGUUGGCUGUGGUACCGGUAUUCUUAGCAUGUUCGCUGCGAAGGCCGGUGCUAAGCAUGUGAUGGGCGUUGAUAUGUCCUCCAUUAUCGAGAAGGCCCGCGAGAUCGUCGAGGUCAACGGCUUAAGCAGCAAGAUCACCCUUCUCCAAGGAAAGAUGGAGGAGGUUGUCCUGCCGUACCCCAAGGUCGACAUCAUCAUUUCGGAGUGGAUGGGCUACUUCCUACUCUAUGAGAGCAUGUUGGAUACUGUUCUCUAUGCUCGCGACCGUUACCUCGUUCCCGGCGGCAAGAUCUUCCCCGACAAGGCUACCAUGUACUUGGCUGCCAUCGAAGAUGGCGAGUACAAGGAUGAUAAGAUUGGAUUCUGGGACAAUGUCUAUGGCUUCGACUACAGCCCCAUGAAGCAGAUCGCGCUCACCGAGCCCCUUGUGGACACGGUUGAGAUGAAGGCGCUCGUCUCUGACCCUUGCCCCAUUAUCUCGUUCGAUCUCAACACCGUCACCAAGGAGGAUCUCGCCUUCAAUGUUCCCUACUCGCUUACCAUCAAGCGUAGCGAUUUUGUCCAUGCUGUGAUCGCUUGGUUCGAUAUCGAGUUCGGCGCUUGCCACAAGCCGAUCCAUUUCUCCACCGGCCCCCACGCUAAAUACACCCAUUGGAAGCAAACCGUCUUCUACCUGCGGGAUGUUCUGACCGUCGAAGAAGAGGAGGUUGUGUCUGGCAUGCUGGAGAACAAGCCCAACGACAAGAACAAGCGCGAUCUUGAUAUCAGCAUCACUUACAAACUGGAGACUACGGACCAGAACCGCUCUGCUGAGGGUGGUUGUUUCUACAGAAUGUGCUAAAUCAACGCCUUAAACACUUUAUCAUUGCUGAAACGAUCCACCAGUGGGUCGGCGCUAUGAUUGCUUUGACCGGAUCCAGCGUGAGAGAUUCUGGCGGUGAUUUGAAAAUAUUUACCCGUGGGUAGCAUGGCAUUUAAAGGGAAGCACGCUUGCAUGACACUGGGUCGACGAAUCGGUUUUCUUGACUUGCUUUGUUUGUUUAUGCCAUUUCAUUUCCGUUAUGUUCCGGCGUUAUAUUGGAAGGCAGGAAACGGCAUCAUUAUCUGGCGCGACACGGAGAGAUGGUUUCCACAAGGACGAUUAUGAAGCUCCUCGAACUUCCCAAGUAGAUACCCCGAGUCGAUGCUCAAUCUUAUCAUCUCUGACGAUCUCCUUAUAUUGCUCAGUCUCUACUCCAUUUUUCUGCAU